CUGAGAGUUAUCUGAGAAGGCCAUUGUAAACUUCUUGAGGCCGCCAUGCGUGUGCCAGUACUACUAAUGCUGGGAAUGGUGUCCGGGCUCUGUAGCAGUGAUCAGUCAUGUCCGGAAGUAAAAGUUUUGGGAAUUGGGGAAAAUGACAAAUUGUCGAUUCUUCGAGGCUGUCCUGGUCAUCCUGGCCUCCCGGGUCAAAAAGGAGAUGUUGGGGAACCAGGAGAAAAAGGGCAAACGGGAUCUGUGGGAGGACCAGGAAAGGUUGGACCUCCAGGCGAAAAAGGAGAGAAAGGAGAAAGAGGGACGACUGAGCCAGUGUAUGCUGCCAGGAACUGCAAAGAAAUACGAUAUCGGGGGGCAGUCCUCAGUGACUGGUACACCAUAUACCCAGAUGGCAGCCGGCCCCUGAAGGUCCUGUGUGAUAUGGACACAGAUGAUGGAGGAUGGAUUGUAAUACAGAGACGUUGGGAUGGGUCAGUAGACUUCUUCCGCACUUGGGAUGCUUAUAAGAAAGGCUUUGGCAGUCGGCUAAGUGAAUUUUGGCUGGGGAAUGAAUAUAUUCAUCAAAUAACUUUAACAGGAACAUGGGAAUUACGUGUUGAUCUACAAGAUUUUGAAGGCAAAAUUGUGUUCGCCAAGUAUGCAAGCUUCAAAGUAUUGGAUGAAUCUGAGAAAUACAAAUUAAUAAUUGGAGCCUAUCAGGAAGGAACUGCAGGUGAGGGGCAAUUUGGCCAAAAUGUCCUUCAUAGAGGUUUGUUUAAGUACAUAUAAAAAUAGCAUCUAAUA